AGAGUGUGGGUGAUGAGGUAUGGGUAUUAGGGGAAGCCCAAGUCAGAGCCAGGGUGGUGCCUCUGGACGUGGCCAGGGAUCUGAUGGCGUCUUUCCGAUUGGGUGUGUGUCAAAAUUUCCAAGGAAAUUCAUGACUUAGCGGCGUUUUCCCCCAUCAACAAAAGAAUCAUGGCGUCAUGGGAAAGUUUCAUAGCGGCAACUACAUCCGGUGCCCCCGCCCACACCAGUGUGGUGCCUGCACCUGCUGCGCCUGCUGUACCCCCUACACUGCCUGCUGUGCCCCAGCAGGGCUACUCUCCAGCGGACACCCAACAGCAUCAAUCUCCACUGCCCUCUCUCUCUCCGUUCCAGUACCAGUCGCAGCCUACCCCUAGUCAACCUUCUUACCAGGGCAUUAGGGUCACUAUACCCCAGCAGGGCAGUAUAAGUAGCAGCGGCCCCACAACCCCAACACCCCAGACCCCAGUGAGUGGUGUCCCGGGCACAGGUACCCCCAUACAAGAGACGGAUCUGCCCCCGGAGAUGCUGGUGGCUGGCUGGCGCAAAUUCUGGAGCAAACGAGAGCAGCGCGUUUAUUUCUGGAAUCGCGCCACUGGUGAGAGUCUCUGGGACAUGCCUGUGGGGCAUAAUGCCCACACUUCCCUGCCUCCUGGGCAACACCCACCACUACCACCGCAGCAGCAACAGCAGCAAUACGACCCCAUAAGUGACCCUCUGGGCAUCCAGAAUCCCACCAAUGGUAGCACUUCGAGUGCCAGCGCCAGCCAGAGAUCUGAAUGCAUAACUCUGACCGCUAAGCCGCCGCCGGCUGAGACUUUCCCGGCCGCCGCUGCUCUGCGGGGCCCCAAGAGCACGGCGAACAGCAGUGGAUUGAGUAGCGGAUUAACCAGUGGUUUGGUCAGUGGAUUGAGCGGCGGAGUAAGUGUGCCUCCUACUGCACUACCUGUCACUCCUCCCGGCCCUGGCGGAGGCGGAAUCGGAAGUGCCACCACUCCCACUAGUAGCACGCCACUAUCCCCGUCUGCUCCACCAAUCAUAGCGGGGAUCAAGCGGAGGGCAUCAGAGGAGGCCUCCGGAGCACCCGCAUCCAAGAAAUUUGUCUUGGCGGGACCAUGGGACUUGGAGCUAGCCACCAAUGUCAUCAUGUUCGAGCGACCUCCCAUAACAUUGCCGCAGCCACACCCCAGCGUCGAGGUGUUGAGGGGUCAGCUGGUUGCUAAGUUGCGACUGGGUUACCAGGAGAUGUGCCAGGCUAGGGAAGGAAUUGAUGCUCCAAGAGACUCAUUCAGCCGCUGGUUGAUGGAACGGAAGGUAGUGGAUCAUGGAUGGGAUCCGCUGUUACCAAGCCAGUGUUUCCCCGAAGUAAGCCAGUCCAUGUACCGGGAAAUCAUGAACGACAUCCCAAUUAAACUACAGCGACCCAAGUUCACCGGGGAAGCCAGGAAGCAACUGUCCAAAUAUGCUGAAGCGGCCAAGAGAAUGAUUGAAACAAGUCGCAACGCCAGCCAGGAAAGUCGAAAAAUUGUGAAGUGGAACGUGGAAGAUACCUUCCAGUGGCUUCGAAGAACCGUGGGUGCGACCUUUGAUGACUACAUGGACCGAUUAGCACACCUUAAGCGUCAAUGCCAGCCGCACCUCACCGAGGCUGCCAAGCAGAGCGUCGAGGGAAUUUGUACCAAAAUAUUCAAUUUAUCCGUUGAGCAUGCAAAAAAAAUUCGUGAGAAGCAUUUGCAGAUUCUGGAGGAGAAUAAUAUUAGAGAGGUUGGCGUUCCGGCUGUCAGCGGGUUGAGAAAAGUGUGGUGUUAUCCUGUGCAGUUCACCACUCCUAGCCCCCGACCGCCACCCAUUGAUUUUAUGCAAGACAAGGACACAACGUGUUUACGAUAUAACGGAGAAUCUCUCAGAAUCAACACACCGUACUUCUAUAAACUGGAGCAACUCUAUCGAUAUAACUGCUUCGACGACCGCAAGUUUGAACUCUUUCUACCCAGAGUUUGGUGUUUACUGAAGCGCUAUCAGACUCUACUGGGCACCAACCCUAAUGAGGGUCACGGAACACAAGGAGGGCUGCCGGUGACAGUACUGGAGUGCUUACACAAACAUUUCAGCGUGACCUUUGAAUGCUUCGCGUCGCCGCUCAACUGCUACUUCAGGCAGUACUGUUCAGCGUUCCCCGACACCGACUCCUACUUUGGCUCCAGAGGACCAAUCCUAGACUUCAAGCCAGUGUGUGGAUCAUUUGAGGCCAACCCUCCGUUCUGCGAGGAAUUGAUGGAGGCCACUGUGCGCCAUUUUGAGAAGCUCUUAUCCGAAUCGCAUGAACCACUGUCUUUCAUUGUCUUCAUUCCAGAGUGGCGUGAACCAGCGCCCUCUGCCUUACUUCACUUGGAGGCCUCCAGAUUCAACAGAAAACAGAUAGUUCUGUUGCCUUUCGAGCAUGAGUAUAGACACGGCUUCCAGCACUUCAUGUCUAAGUCAGAGGUCAUACUUAAGAGUGGUCAUGGUACAGUCGCUGUGUGGUUGCAGAAUGAUGCUGGAUUCUCUCGCUGGGGUCCGACUCCUGAUAAAGUCGAUGCCCUUUUGGAAGCAUUCCGACCAGGUCGAGAACGUGACCGCGACCGCCAGGAGAUGCUGUCGCCACCUCGGAGGGACACCAACGCCGAGGCUCCUCCGCCAUAUGUUGACGUUAAGUCGGCGCCAUCUCUCCUAGCCGGCAGUUCUCCGUUGGCCCCUCCAACCGCGCCAUCUACCGUUGUUCCAUCAGCAAUCAUGAGCGCCUCGCCAUCUCCGGCCGUGCCCUCGGCCCCCGCUUCGACGAGCCCAGCCUCCACCACCACAAUAUAGAACACUCGGAGUGAACCAGCUUAUAUUGUGUAUGGAACCUGUACAGCCUUCGUAUUACUUAUGUUCAAGACAAUGUACGGUUCUGGUGAAGAUUUUGUUCCCUUUCAAGAAUUCCAAUAAGUGUUCUGCAAUCAUUUGCAACAUAAGUCACCUCUUGCAAACCUCCAUGUAUUGCAGUUUCUUUGCAAAUGCCAUGAAAAUGGCAUCCAAAAUUGAACAGGGCGCUUUUUGAAGACCUACGCUGUGUUCAGUCUGCCAUGAACGUUUUCAGGCACAUUAGCAGAGAAAAUGUGGCAUAUAUGUUCACUAGAGUGACGACAAUGAACAAAAUUCAUAAUACGGCAUUUUUUUAAUAAAAUACCUAUAACAGGGUGACCCUCAUAGCCUGGUAAUGUGGAAUUGGUCAAGUAAUAUACAUAUAUACAUACAUAUAUCGUGCCAAAUAGGUAAAACUGGUCAAUUAGCAAGAAUUCGUUUAAAAUUAAGUCCUUUCUAAAGUUUUCUCUUAUAUGUUUAAAGAUUCGGAGUGUGGAAAUUAGGAGAAAGUGUGGAGUUAAUAAAAGUAUUAGUCAGAGGGCUGAAGAAGGGUUGUUGAGGUGGUUUGGUCAUUUAGAGAGAAUAGAUCAAAGUAGAAUGAUAUGGAGAGCAUUUAAAUCUGUAGGGGAAGGAAGGCGGGUUAGGGGUCAUCCUCGAAAAGGUUGGAAGGAAGGGGUGAGGGAGGUUUUAUGGGCGAGGGGCUUGGACUUCCAGCAGGCGUGCAUGAGCGUGUUCGAUAGGAGUGAAUGGAGACGAAUGGUAUUUGGGACCUGACGAUCUGUUGGAGUGUGAGCAGGGUAAUAUUUAGUGAAGGGAUUCAGGAAAACCGAUUAUUUUUAUAUAGCCAGACUUGAGUCCUGGAAAUGGGAAGUACAAUGCCUACACUCUCAAGGAGGGGUUUCGGGAUAUUAGCAGUUUGGAGGGAUAUGUUGUGUAUCUUUAUACGUAUAUGCUUCUAAACUGUUGUGUUCUGAGCACUUCUGCAAAAACAGUGAUGAUGUGUGAGUGAGGUGAAAGUGUUGAAUGAUGAUGAAAGUAUUUUCUUUCUUUUCUGGUCACCCUGCCUCGGUGGGAGACGGCCGACUUGUUAAAAAAAAAAGUUUAAAGAUAUAUUUUUUCAUUUAUGUUAAUGUAAAAAUUAAUAAUUUUGUACCAAAAGAACCUUAGAAAGCUUACCUGACCUUAUAAUAACAAGCACAAUUUAAUUUAACCUAAUCCAACUAAAUAUAUUUUAGAUAAGUUUACAAUACUAGGUUUGGACUUCCAGCAAGCAUGCGUGAGCGUGUUAGGAGUGAAUAGAGACAAAUGGUUUUUAGGAUUUGACGUGCUGUUGGAGUGUGAGCAAGGUAACAUUUAUGAAGGGAUUCAGGGAAACUGUCAGGUCGGACUUGAGUCCUGGAGAUGGGAAGUACAGUGCCUGCACUCUGAAGGAGGGGUGUUAAUGUUGCAGUUUUAUAACUGUAGUGUAAAUGCACCUCUGGCAAAACAGUGAUGGAGUGAAUGAUGAUGAAAGUUUUUCUUUUUCGGGCCACCCUUCCUUGGUGGGAGACGGCCAGUGCGUUAAUAAAAAUAAAAAAGUUUACAAUAAUUUAAUAAUAAACAAACAAAUGAAAUAUAUUUUUUUUUCGUUAGGUUCAGAAUGAUUUUUGCGAAAUUAUUGCAUACACAAAUUUAAGCUUGCCUUAUUCGGCAAGAAGAACGUUGCUAUUUAAGCCAAAAUAACAAGUUUUACCUAUUUGGCACGAUGUGUGUGUAUAUAUGUAUAUAUAUGUCGUACCCUAAGCUGAAUUAAAAUUUGUUUUUUCCAUAAAUCAGUGGAAAUUGAUCAGAGUAUUAUGAAAAAAAUAUGUAUCAUAGGGAGGGGUGUUAAUGUUGCAGUUUAAAAACUGUAGUGUAAAGCUCCCUUCUGGCAAGACAGUGAUGGAGUGAAUGAUGGUGAAAGUUUUUCUUUUUCGGGCCACCCUGCCUUGGUGGGAAUCGGCCAGUGUGAUGAUAAAAAAAAAUAAUUAAAUGUAUCAAAAUUAACCUAUGUAGCAGAAUUUAGGGAAAAAACUUCUGUUAGUUUUAGGCAGGUUAACUGAGGUUUCUAUGUUAAUUUUGGUCCAAAAAUAAACAUCAUUAUAUCAUUGGGAAAAAAUUGCCUAUCAAUUUAUAAUUAACAAAAUGGGAAAAUUUUAAUUUUUAAUGGAGUUAGUCCUAAUAGGCAAGAUUGACCUAUUUGGUACGAUAUAUAUAUGUGUGUGUGUGUGUGCGCGUGUGCUACUGUUGUAUGUGUGUGUAUAUAUUAUAUAUUAUUUUUUAUUUUACGAAAGAUUUUAUGGAUAUAAAUCAUUUUUGUGAUAUUUUUGUUUUUUAUUUUAAGACGUUGAAUAAAACGAUGUUUAAAACACCUUUGUGUUUUGAACAUGUGUUGUACGUGUGCCAGGUGUUUCAUAUGCGUGUUGUACGUGUCCAGGAUGUUCAAAAUGCGUGUUGUACACGUCCAAGGUGUUUCAGACUUGUUCUAUACGCAUCCAAGGUGUUUCAAACGCGUGUUGUAUGCAUCAAGGCAUUUCAGACCUGUGUUGUACGCUGUCCAGGGUGUUUCAAAUGCAUAUACGUGACCAAGGCAUUUCAAACAUGAAUUGUACACAUCCAAGGCAUUUCAAACGCAUCCAAGAUGUUUCAAACACAUGUUGUAUGCAUCCAAAGCGUUUCAAACGCGUUCCACACGCAUCUGAAACCCAGUUUACAAUAUUUUUACACAAUUUACGCAGCAAAUCCGUCUCACGCACCACCAAAAUAGACUGUAAUUCCUAGAUAGAUCAUAAUAUAGAGAAAUAGACAAAAUUGUUGAAAUAUUUAUUAAUUUUAAUUGAAAAAUGUUUAAUAGCAAGAAAACAGAAUGUAUUUUUAUAUAUAGACGUAUGAUAUAUAGGAAUGUUUGUAUGAGUGUGUGUGUGUGUAUAGAAUUCCAAAUUACA